CGGGCCCUUUUACGCGUGCGCGGGGCCGCGGUCCUCACCGAGCAUGCCCAGACUCCCACGUAGUCGAGCGUGUCCAAGCACUGCGCAUGCUCUCUGCCCGCAUUUGGCCUCGCCCUCGCUCCUACGCAUGCUCAGCCUCCAGGCCGCUGAGCUGCUCACCCUGGCCCGGGCGGCCUGAGUAGCCGCGGUGUGCGUCUGGGGUGCUGGCCACAGCAUAGCCGUUGAGACGCCGCUGCGGGUUAGGGCGCGCUCUCUGGGGCGGGCGGGCGGCGCGCGCUCGCGCGGGGCUGGGAAACUGGCGGGCGGUGGCGGCGGCGGCGGCACCCACACCUGCAGCGGCUGGAACGUGACAGCCUGGCAGCCAGCACCUCUGGGGCCACCUCGUUUGCCCAUGCACACCCUAUCGGACCCCUCACCCCCACCCUCGGGCCCAAGGCUUUUCUUAGGAGAAAGACCCUCUUUCGGGGACAUAGCACGGAAGACCUCCCUGCAGCUCACAUCUUGGCCGGGGUCUCCCCCAUCUCCCUGGCUUGGUUAUUUGGAGCACCUUUGAGUGCUUCCUCUGCAGAGACUGCACCUUGUAAUCAAAGAACCAUGCACAUAUGUGCCCCCGAGGCUCUGGGUUCUGGAGAACCGCACACUACAGAACGUGUACAGAGAGCCUUAAACAGUCACAGGAAUGUGAGGUGCAGGAGAACAGGAAGCCAGCCAACGAGCUCACCUCCCACCAUCAGCACCUCUUAUGAUGCACAGUGUACAGCGGGCUCACAAACACUCGGGAGAGGAAGAGAGAAGAAAGAUGUGUGCUUGCCAGAUAAAGUGCAGGAUGGAGGGACUGCUGCAUUACAUCAACCCAGCACAUGCUAUCUCUCUGCUCAGUGCCCUCAAUGAGGAGCGCCUCAAGGGACAGCUGUGUGACGUGCUCCUGAUUGUUGGGGACCAGAAAUUCCGAGCUCAUAAGAACGUCUUGGCUGCCAGCAGUGAGUACUUCCAGAGUUUAUUCACGAAUAAGGAGAACGAGGCACAGACUGUCUUUCAGCUGGACUUCUGUGAGCCUGACGCUUUUGACAACGUUCUGAACUACAUUUACUCUUCUUCCCUUUUUGUGGAGAAGGGCAGCCUUGCUGCUGUGCAGGAGCUGGGGUAUAGCCUUGGUAUCUCCUUCCUGACCAACAUCGUUGCCAAAGCCCCUCAGGCUCCUUUUCCAGCCUGUCCCAACAGGAAAAGAGUGCCAGUGGAAGAUGAUGAAACCAGCUCUCAAAAGCGAAGUGUCAUUGUGUGUCAGGGCAGAAGUGAAGUGCCAGGGAAAGCCAGUGGUCCAGCCAUGCAGGACCUCAGCCAUACUGCCCGGGCCUCCCCCAGUGCUUCAGUCAAGACCACCAUCAGUAAGCCACAUGUGGCCAAGCCGCCAGAGCAGCUUCAUAGUCUGCCCUUAACUGAAAAGAGCUGGACAAAGGAUAGUGCUGCAGUAUAUGCAAAGUCUCUGGAACAGGCUGGGGCUUUGGAUGAUCCUAAUAGGGGCAGUUUGGUAAAGAGAAAUACAGUCCUGCCCCCAAAGCCUUCACAGGACAGGGAGGCCACAGAUGAUAAACCAGGGGUGAGCAGCCAGCUUCCCAAGGGGAAAGCUAUAGAGCUGGCUCUGAAGAGACCACGGCCCCCUGUUCUGUCUCUUCAUAGCUCAUCAGAGACUCCAUAUCUCCUAAAAGAAACUAGCAAAGGAGGCGGUCAGGGAGAGGAUAGGAACUUGCUCUACUACUCUAAGCUAGGGCUGGUGGUCCCUUCUGGUGGGCCUGCUUCUGCAAACCAGAGCAUUGACAGAAGUGGCCCACUAGUGAAAAGCCUCCUCAGGCGGUCACUGUCUAUGGACAGCCAGGUUCCUGUUUACUCCCCCUCCAUAGAUUUGAAGUCAUCCCAGGGAUCAUCCACAGCGGCAAAUGAGGCACCGGGUAGUGUGUUCUGUUCGAUGUCUCAAAAGUCAUCUUUAAAAGAUUGCAGUGAAAAAAAAGCUCUGGAUGACAGGCCUCAAGUGCUCCAGCCUCAUCGCCUCAGGUCCUUUAGUGCUUCCCAGUCAACAGACAGGGAGGAAGCCUCCCCUGUGACUGAGGUACGCAUUAAGACGGAACCCAGCAGCCCACUGUCAGACCCCUCAGACAUCAUCCGGGUCACUGUGGGAGGAGACGCAGCAGCAGCAGCAGUAGCAGCAGCAGCAGCAGCAGCAGCUACGAGAGACCUGCCCCUCAAAACAGAGGAAGACCAGAGAGAUAUGAGCAGACUCCCAGCAAAGAGAAGGUUCCAGACAGACAGAAGGUCACCCUUGAAGAAGGCAAAGGCAAAUGAACACGGGCCUGCUGUCUCAGAAGAGAACUGUGAAGAGGGCAGGAGCCCUCCUUCCCUUGACAGCAACUUCCCAGAUUCUGACUUAAACAGAGAGGAGUUUGGUGAGUUGGAGGGGACGAGACCAAACAAAAAAUUUAAAUGCAAACAUUGCCUUAAGAUUUUUAGAUCAACUGCGGGUCUUCACCGCCAUGUUAACAUGUACCAUAACCCAGAGAAGCCUUACGCUUGUGACAUCUGUCACAAGAGGUUUCACACCAACUUCAAAGUGUGGACACACUGUCAGACCCAACACGGCAUAGUGAAGAACCCAUCGCCAGCCUCUAGUUCCCAUGCAGUUUUGGAUGAGAAAUUCCAAAGAAAGCUGAUUGACAUAGUGAGAGAGAGGGAGAUUAAGAAGGCCCUGAUCAUUAAGCUGAGGCGCAGCAAGCCUGGCUUCCAGGGACAGAGUAGCUCCCCAGCACAGCAAGUCAUCAAGAGGAACUUGCGCUCCCGAGCCAAAGGGGCCUACAUUUGUGCCUACUGUGGCAAGGCAUACCGCUUUCUCUCUCAGUUUAAGCAGCACAUAAAGAUGCACCCAGGAGAGAGGCCCCUCGGAGUAAGCAGAGCUGCUAAGCCAAAAGAGCGGGCUCUGGCACGCGCGGUAGAGAACAAGGAGGUUUACCCGUGCCGCCUCUGUAAUGCUAAGCUCUCUUCUCUUCUAGAGCAAGGCAACCACGAGCGCUUGUGCCGGAACGCCACCGUUUGCCCUUACUGCAGCCUCAGGUUCUUCUCUCCCGCACUGAAGCAGGAACAUGAGGACAGGUGUGAGUACAAAAAGCUGACUUGCCUGGAGUGCAUGCGCACCUUCAAGUCCUCCUUCAGCAUCUGGCGGCACCAGGUAGAAGUGCAUAACCAGAACAACAUGGCUUUAGCAGAGAACUUCGCCCUGGCCACCCUGGACCACAACGGUGAAGUGGCAGCCGCUUCCAGGCCUCAGACUGAGCCCAGCAAGGUAAACCAUGUGGCCACUCCAAAAGAGGAUACAGCAUUUAGCGACUCUUCAGAGCAAGUGAACUUUGAUUCUGAGGAUUCCUCCUGCCUCCCUGAAGACUUGAGUCUUUCAAAGCAACUGAAAGUCCAAGUCAAAGAGGAGCCUGUGGAGGAGGCAGAGGAGGAGGCUCCUGAGGCUAGUGCAGCUCCCAGGGAGGCUGGCCCCAGCAAGGAGACCGGCCUAUGGCCCUGUGAGAAAUGCGGAAAGAUGUUCACGGCACACAAGCAGCUGGAGCGGCACCAGGAGCUGCUGUGUUCUGUGAAGCCCUUCAUCUGCCACGUAUGCUACAAAGCCUUCCGUACCAACUUCCGACUCUGGAGUCACUUCCAGACCCACAUGUCUCAGGCUACAGAGGAGCCUGUGCAGAAAGAAUCAGAGGUGUGUCCUGUGCCCACAAACUCCCCCUCCCCACCACCUCUGCCACCUCCGCCACCCUUGCCCAAGAUUCAGCCCCUGGAGCCAGACAGCCCCACAGGCCUGCCUGAGAACCCAACCCCAGCUACAGAGAAGCUGUUUGCACCCCAGGAGUCAGAUACCCUCUUCUACCACGCCCCACCCCUUUCAGCAAUCACAUUUAAAAGACAGUUCAUGUGCAAGCUCUGCCAUAGGACAUUCAAGACGGCCUUCAGUCUUUGGAGUCAUGAGCAGACACACAAUUAAAGGACCUACCCCUUUCACCUAUCACAAAGUAGCAGGCCCUUGGCUUGUAAACUGUGUCCUAAGACAGAAUAUUUGAAAAAAUAAUAAUAAUAAAGGUUGGAAAUUAUUAUGUUUGAAUUUUAAGUUUGGGAUGAAUUAAUACUGGCUAGAAAUGACCUCACAGCUUUCUGGACCUCAGCAGCAGGGGUUUGAUUCUAUUACUAUUGAAGUUGGACUAAUGUUGGUGAUUGAGGUUUUUGGUUUCUGAGUAGUGGGAUGCUUGGGAAGUGGGUUUUUUGUUUGUUUGGUUGGUUGGUUUUGGUUUUUUUUUGUUGUUGGUUUUGUUUUGUUUUUGAUUAUUGCAGACACCUAAAUUUGAGGUAACCUUUAGCCAUGUUUCUAAGGCCAAAAAAACAUACAAGGAAGAAGGGGAGUCAUUUGCAGUAUUGAGUCAGAUUUUAGACUACUUUAGCAAUAAGAAAAGGCAAGCCCCAACUUUAGUAAAGUAUCCUAACACUUGAUAAGAAAAAAACUUGGUAUUUUGUGGUCCUAUAAAACUUCCUUUUUGUAUGAAAAUUGUGAGACUUUAAAUCAGCAAUAGUCACACUUAGAUUUUUUUUAAUAAAAGAACAAUCUGUCAAUUACAUCAUACAAUCAGUGAUGGUCUGUUCUAAGGGAGGCAGAGCAAUAGAAGCGUGUUUGUGGGGUCCUCUACAGUCAGCUGCAACAGCUUAGUUGUGAAAGCCGCUAAAGUCUGUGGUGUGUUCAUAGCAUGGCUUUCAACUGGGGCUUUAGAACUGACAAUGUCUGCUCUCUGUCAGCUUGAAACUCGGGUGUCAUUGAGAUAAGCAGUGCUAGCAUGAGGUUAGCAGAGCAUAGCCUUACCACAUCCUAGACCACCAUUCUCUCUCUAGAGGCUUCAGAGAUUGGAGGAAAUGCCGUGUUGCAGUUUCCAUGUGCUUUCCAAGAACUGUACACACAACAUAGACAUUUCCUGCCUGUCUUUUGUGAGUACUUCUGUGGGGUUAUUGGAGUGGACAGCAGUGGAAAUGUCACUACAUGAUAUGCAAGCGUGGAUUAAAGCACUAGCAAGAGGCCAAAAUUAGUUUUUGCUACUUGAUUUGGUACCUUAGGGUUUGGGCUCCUCUGGUUUUUUCUUGUUUUUUUGUUUGUUUGUUUGUUUGUUUUUUUGUUUUUUUUUUUUUUUUUUUUUGCUUUUUGUUUUGUUCCUUGCAGGUUAUAAUUAAAUCUCUCCAUAGGCAGAAUCCAAAGUUCAGUGAAAUAUUUCAAAAGACAAAGGGAAGAUCACUCCUGGAAAGGAAAUUAGGGGGAUGCAAAUUCCCUAUUCACUUUUGCUACAAGCUGUUUCUUCACAUUUUCAAGGUGUGAUCUAACAGAGACACUGGCCCAUCUGCUCACCAGCAUUCUACACCCAUGGUAGCAAAGGCAAUCUUGAUAUUGAAACUUUUUUUUUAAUAAAUUACUAAUUGACUUUGUAUAUUAUAGAAGCUAUAUGUGGAAUUUUGCCUUUUAUCUUUUCACUUGAAAAAGCAAUCAGAAAUCCCUAAAUAUGUCUGCAUUUCCUAUUUUGUUUCUUAAAUUUUGCAAAGAAGGGAAAUAAAAUUAGGUUGCAGUUAUUAAUUCUUGCCAUCUGCUUUCUUAAACUAUGCAUUUUAGAGAUGAAACUAAAAGUGUCCACCAUGUGAUGAAUGAAGCUAGUGCCAGGCUAGGUAGCUGUCCACUGAACUUCUUCCCUGUGGUGAGUGAAUGGUCUCUCCUCAGAGUGUUACUUCUUUUAAGACCAUCUCUCUGCAUGGUCAUCUCCUGUGUAGUUACAGAGUGAUAACCUCCAGACCUGGCAUUGCCAGCUCCUGCCCCAACACUUGAACCUGUGCUACGUUUUUGAAGAUUUAUAAAGUAACAUUGUUGCAAAAAAAAAAAAUGUAUUUUUGAUCUAAAUACAGGUUCUGCAUAUCUGUUAGGUUUUACAAAUUACCAGUGUUUGUCACCUUUUUUUGUCUAGGAAGAAAACAUAAGAUUUCAAAUAAAUUUUUGAACCAAAAACAUUUAUAAUGCAGUUGUGGUUUUUCUAUUGCUUUUUAUACUGUAUCUUGAAAGACAUCGGGCUGCAAGAAUUUAUUUUGAUGUCAAACUCUAUCCUUCCAUUCAUGUAACUAUUUCAAAUGCUAAGAAACUAAUAAAAAACAGUAAUCACUUUUUGCAGUAAACAGUUUUUUAGAGAAUGUUUAUCUCAGCUAGCAGGCAGAUGUUUAGUGAAAUAAAUAGGUCUUUCACCACUGUAAAUCUUUAGAUAGUAGAGAUAUUCUUGUAAAUGUUUUUCUAAUUGUACUAAUUUUUACAAGUAUAGAAAGCUCAUUGUUUUUUGUAAUUAUUUAAGAUGCCUGCUUUUUUAUGCAGUUGUGGAAAGAAUGUAAACUUUUAAUAUAUUCUUUGUUAACCUGCAAACUUGUUAUUGUUUUCUUUAUGUGGAAAGGAUUGAGUACCUAAAAUAUGUUUUUCCCACUCAAAGUAAGCAAUAGAGUUAGCAUUUCCAGGUUGCUAGCAAAAUAUCCCUUUAAAACUAGUUCAGAUACAUUUGUAGUUCUGCCAGGGCUGCAUGUAUUCUGCUUUUAUGUUUUAGACUCUGUCCUUCUCUUUCAAAAGAUUGCCUGGUGCUGAGUCACUGACCACCAGAACCUGCAUGUAGCCCCCACUGGCACUAAUGAACGUGGUGACUGAGAUGAUGAGGCCUGGAGAUAGGCCUGAAGUUGGUCUCUGUUCCCUAUAGUUGGGUUCGUGUGUGUGUGUGUGUGUGUGUGUGUGUGUGUGUGUGUGUGUGUGUGUGUGUGUGUGUGAGAGAGAGAGAGAGAGAGAGAGAGAGAGAGAGAGAGAGAGAGAGAUAGAUUGGUGCAUUUCCUUAGUACAAAAUGAGAUAGGCCUGAAGUUGGUCUCUGUUCCCUAUAGUUGGGUUCGUGUGUGUGUGUGUGUGUGUGUGAGAGAGAGAGAGAGAGAGAGAGAGAGAGAGAGAUUGGUGCAUUUCGAGAGAGAGAGAGAGAGAGAGAGAGAUUGGUGCAUUUCCUUAGUACAAAAUGAGUAGCUUUCAUUCGUUCAGAUUUCUUCAUAAAUCCCAUCCAUUAAUUUUAUUGGAACAUUCAAAGUCAAUUUGUUAAUUUCUGAUAUCUGACUGGUGUUUUGGGGGUAGUUGUGAAAUGCAUUAUUGCCUCAAAUACUGCCAGUACACAUCCAUACUAAAUGUUCUUUAAAAGUAGAUUUGUCCAGAUGUGGUGGCAUGUACCAUGUCAUCAUAUUCUGUUUGGGAAGUUGAUCUGGAGGAUCACUUGAGCUCAGGAGUAGCAUAGUGAUACUGUCUUCAAGAAAACAAAUAAAAGUAUUCAAGUAGGUUUUCCGUGCUUGUGGCUUUAGCACCUUAAGACAUUUGAUAAUGUUUUUGUGAUUUUUAGUGUGCUCUUAACCCUCAGUGGGGCCUCCAACUGGGAAGAAGACCAUUGAGAGCUUUUUUGCAGGGCAGGGAGCUAAAUUGGGGUUAAGAGAUAGAGGAGAAAGGGAAGCUAGUAUCUGGUCUUUCAAAAGUUCCUUUUAGAGACAGGCUUUGGGGAAUCAGAAGUAUCUUCCUAUAAAUUUUUUAAAUAGUUGAGUUCUGCAUUCUUGGGUCAUUUGUGCACACCAUUUGAAUCUCCACAGUUCUUGGUUAUUAUUGAUUCUCAGAAGGUGGCCAUUUAUAGCUGGCUUUAAUCCAAACUGUCCUGAGAACAUUUUUUCAUCAAAUUCUGUUUAACUAAAAGCAAAUGGAUUUUAUAAUUGUGUGCAAGUUUUGUUGUUACAUGCCUUUGCAAAAUAGACUGCUCAGUUUUGUUUUUUUUUUUCUUUUAAGAAAUAACCUUUUGGGGACUGAAAAUACAUAGUAUGAUAGGGAUGUAUGGUAUGUAAUGCUAACCCCCACCCUUAUUCCAAGUUGCCUAUGGAAUUAAGUUGCUGGAGCCCACAGUUGUGUGGGGUACUACAAAUAUGUAAACAUUAAGAUUAGAUGCAUGAACUUUG